AUGCAUCUUCCUGGCCAUGUGCUUAGACAGUUUGGGGAAGUACAGGGUAUUCCAGUUCGAAUUGGUGCUCAACAAAUUAGACAUGGCACGGGUCCUAGAGGGAGAGGUGGAGAGGAUAGUGGUGGAAGAGUUAGACAUGGAGGAGGUACGGAUGGAGAAGGUAGGGGUGGAGGAGGUAGAGGUGGAGGAGGUAUAUAUAUGAUAGCAACGGUUGCAGGGCAGGUGGAUAGUGAUAGGGAGGAUGUGGAUAUUGGUGGAGAGACUACAUCCAUGAGCAGUUCUGAUGAUAGUGAUGAGUCAAGAUCAGGGUCAUCGAGCAGUGAUGGAGAUGAGGGUGGGCAUGAUGGUUAUACUAUGGAGAUGCCCCAUGAUGGAGAGUCUGUAGGUGUGGAUAGAGGAGAUGAGGAGGGAUUGAGAGAUCAAGUUAGAGAUUUAGAGGACUUGGUCACUACUUUGCAACAAUGA